AUUUCAUUAAGUGCGAGAAAAAGUACCCAAUUUAAUUUAAUUUCAGUUUCUAUUAAGUUAUGACACAAACGGCAGUAGCUAUUAAUAAGCGUUAUAAUAUAGAAUUUCAUGAGUUAAAUGGUUGUCAUUUCAAUCCGAUAGCAGAAGAUGACUUUGAUGAUGACGCAACAAAUGCAAUUAUAAACACAAAAUACGCUUAUGAGACAAAACCUAAUCUCACACUGAUAGAGUUUCUUAAUCAUAGGAAUUUUCUUAUUGAAAAGUAUGCUAAAAUUCCAAAAUAUAUCAUCCCAAAGCAAUUCCAUUUGGUGUUGCAUCCACGGUUCGAUGAAGCGAUUUCAAAUACCACGAAGGAUCUUGAACCAUUUAGUUACAGUGGAUUCAUAUAUGUGACUCUCGUUUCAAAGAAAAGUAACAACAAGAGAAUUGAACUUAAUGCGAAGAACAUUAAAGUCACGCCGGAAGACGUCAGCGUUUAUCGAAGUCUUACAUGGAGUUCAAUCGAUUUUGAUGAUGAUCCAGAUUGGAAUUCACGAGAAAUAAAAUACAUCGUUGUGCAGCGGAAUAAACGCGAUUUAUCUCAAACAGAAUCGAAUUCAAAUGAGACAAUAGAUGAAUCUAACAAUGGUGCUGAGGUAAUGGAUUCAGCCGAACAACCGGAAGUUAACGAGUUUUUAUAUAAUGACACAAUUCGAAACAAAACUUACUUUUAUCCGAAAUUUGAUACUGAAAACUUUGUUCCAAUCAGGAUCAUUGACGUGGAGAAAGAUGAAGCAAAUGAUAAAAUUAUUAUUUACCUUGCAACAGAAAUGGCGAAAGAUGUUUAUUAUGUAGUCAAAGCGAAGUUCUAUGGAAACAUGACACAUGAAAAAGGAUUUUAUUUCACUUAUUAUGAUGAUGUCAACGAUCCAUCAGAAGCAGAUUCUGGAAAUUACACUACAGAAGUUAAAUAUUUUGGAGCGACAUUUUUAGAGCCAAAGAGUGCGAGACAAUUAUUUCCAUGUUUUGAUGAUUAUAUUUUUAGAACACCUUUUGAUGUCACCGUUUCAAGGCGUGAAGAUAUGACAACUGAAUCAUCGCCUGACUUAGAAGACAAAGAAGUUAUCAUUGAUGGAAAACUUUUUGUUGAUGAAUACAAUGCGACAUCAUCAAUGAAAGCUUCAGAAGUUGGCUUCACAAUUACGAACAUGAAUCCCCACAUGUACAACAUAAACGAGAAUUUCUCGAUAAUUUUUUAUACGAGAAAUCUUCACUUCAAGAAUACAAAAUUCGCAUCGAUCGAGAUUCCAAAGAUUAUUGAAUUCGUUGAAAGUUAUGUGGAUAUGAAGUUUCCAUUAAAGAAAUUGAAAUAUGUGACUGUUCCAAAUAGUGAUUUAAAACUAACCGAGAUUAAAAAUGGAAUGAUAAUUUCUUCAGAGAUGCACAUUUUGAUUGAUAAAAACUACACAACAUUUAGUGACAACUACGUUCAUGAGCAACUCUCGUUACAAUUAUCACAACUUUGGAUACAUAAUUAUGUUAACUACAAGACACGAGAGCACUUUUGGCUUCACGAUGCUUUGGAACUUUAUUUACAAACCGUCGUUCUCUAUCGUCUCAAUAAGACAUCGCAAGCUGAUCAUUUGAUUCUUGAAGAUCGAUUGAAUGGUAUGAGAGAUGAACUUAAUUAUAAGUCAACAUCACUGCAGUUCUUCAAUCAAUACAAUGUUGAUGAUGAUGAUUAUCAUAACUUUAUCAAGAGAAAAGGUGCGAGCAUCUUGCGAAUGUUCAACAGUACGAUAUCUGAACCAGUCCUACGUAAUGCUAUUCAAAAAUAUGUCAUGAAAAUGCAUGAAAUGGAAUAUGCGGAUUUUGUCGAAUCAUUUAACUCAACAAAGAUCGAUUGCGCUCAUGUACCUCGCGGUUUAAAUGUGUCAGAAUUUAUCAGUCGGUGGGUGUCAUCUGAGAAAUAUCCAAUUGUCAUGGUACAAAGAGUCAACGGAAGUAUAAUUCUACAGCAAACAAGUUACAUUGAAGAUGAUGAAAAUGGUCAAGAAUUAUCAUGGAACAUUCCAAUUUCAUUCACCAAUAGCACGUCUAGGAAUUUUACAACGGAAUUUGAUUAUUGGCUCAUGGAUGACAACUUUACAGUCAUACAUAAUGCUUAUGCAACAGACGAUGCAGACUCUUGGGUUUUAGUUAAUUCUAUGGGACGGGGAUAUUACAGAACAAAUUAUGAUUAUGAAAAUUGGAUGGCGAUUAUCAAGCAACUGAAAACUGACCAUCACGUUUUCCCUUAUGAAACCAGAGCAAUUAUUAUUGAUGAUGCAUUAAACUUGGCACGUAUGAAUCUUCUCGAUUAUGAUAUUGUGUUUGAUUUGCUUUCGUAUCUGAUGGACAAAGAUGAAGUGACACUUCACCCAUGGUUAAGUGCCUUGAAUAACCUAAAUUAUUUAUACAAAACUAUGGAGGAACUUCCAAACUUUUCUGUUGUUGAAAAUUUCAUGCGUGACAUCGUAAACGCAGUUUAUAAUAAAAUUAAUGACUUGAAGUUCUCGAGAGAUUUGACGGAAGACGACGAAGAGAAGCGAUUGGAAUUUUUAAUUGACGAUAAUUCGUGCAUGUUAGGAUAUCCUGAGUGUAUAGAUGACAUGAAAAACAAGUUUGAGAAGCUUCUUUUGACUGACGAUGAAGUUAACAAUCAACUUUUAAUAAAUCAAAAUCAAUCACAAGAUGAACUCUUCCGUCUCCUUUGUACAACAAUCAAGUAUUCGGGAUUCUUUGAGUGGAACAUCGUGUAUAAAAGUUUCAAUUUGUCAAGUGAUUUAAAUCAUCAAAAGAUUUUAUUAAGAUCUCUAGGAUGUUCACGAGAGAUUUCAUUGAUUAAUUCAUACAUCGAUUUUCUAGUCCAAAAGGAAUUCUUUAGAUUUUCAGCUGACAUUCUUCAAUCUCUAAGCGAAAAUAAAAUUGGAAUGAAAUAUGUGAUGGAUUAUUUAUCUAUUAACUGGAAAACUAUCAUCAAAAUUUUGGACAUCAAACAGUUGAGUGUCAUUUUCAAAAAUAUUUCCAAUGAAAAUGAAUACAAAGUUCUUCAAGAAAUCUUCAGCACAUAUCCAGAGACAUUCCGUCAUCGUGAUAAAGCAAUUUUGCGAAGAUGUCGCGACAAAAUUGUCAGCAAGUUAAACUGGAAAAAGAAAAUUGGACAAUAUAUUUGAAUGAAAUGUUCAACGAAUUAUCAGAGCUUAUCUAGAUGUUUAGUUGUUAUAAAAUAAAAAUACUUCAAAUUAAUAAAAUUCAAAAUUUAUU